ACAAGAUUGGAGCAGGUGUCAGUCUCAGAGCUCUCGUAGUUUCUAGAUGCUUUCGUGUCGUCAUCACUGUGUUUCUCCUUCCUUCCAUGGAACCACUGAAUAUGCACUUGUUUUGUUUGCUUACAAAUGAAAACACGUUAGCAACUUUUCUAAGAUUUCUCCCUUCACUUUUGCAUCAACACGUUUUCCUUUUCACUUUUUUUCUUAAUUAAUUCCUUCUAAAACUUCACUACCAAUAUGCAAUAGCUAGUGCCUCGCAAAACGUUUCAGGAGAUCUGGGAUUUGGGCAGGUUGGCGUAUAUGAUUGGGAUUUUUGUUACAGUACCAUAGAUCAGAUCACACAAUAUGAGAGGUGGUGGUCUUGCAGAUGCUUACUCCAUGUACAAGCGUGCAUCAACUAAAGACCAGUUCACUGAUUAUGAAGAUAGAGAAGAAAAUCUAGAUCGUGCCGAAAAUGGUGUGUGGAAAGAAAUUGGAAACCCCUCAUGGAAGCGGCCGUUGCCACAUAUACUGGUGGCAAUUAUUUCAUCACUCUUGUUUGGCUACCAUCUUGGGGUGGUUAAUGACACUCUAGAAAGCAUGUCUUUGGACCUUGACUUCAGUGGCAGCACCUUGGCAGAAGGUCUAGUUGUGAGUACAUGUUUGGGAGGUGCUCUUUUGGGCUCUAUAUUCAGUGGUUGGAUAGCAGAUGGGGUUGGUCGUCGGAGAGGCUUUCAACUGUGUGCUCUACCAAUGAUUAUAGGUGCUUCUAUGAGUGCUGCAACCAGUACUCUUGGUGUUAUGCUUCUUGGAAGGUUAUUUGUUGGAAUAGGGAUGGGCCUUGGCCCUGCUGUUGCUGCUCUCUAUGUUGCAGAGGUUUCACCAGCUUUUGUUAGAGGCACUUAUGGGAGUUUCACUCAGAUCGCCACAUGCCUUGGGCUCCUGGGAUCUCUUCUCAUUGGAAUUCCUGCCAAGGAUACCGCUGGUUGGUGGCGAGUUUGCUUUUGGAUAUCCACCAUUCCUGCUGCAUUACUUGCUGUUUUGAUGGAAUUCUGUGCCGAGAGUCCUCACUGGCUUGUUAAGAGAGGAAGAAUUGAUUUAGCUGAAGAAGAGCUUGAAAAGCUUAUGGGAGCACCACAUGUUAAAUAUGCCAUUGCAGAAAUGUCAAAGACAGACAAAGGAGAUGAGGUGGAUAAUGUUAGGUUUGGAGAGCUACUGUAUGGUCGUCAUUUUAAAGUGGUUUUCAUUGGAUCUGCCUUAUUUGCUUUGCAACAACUAUCUGGAAUAAAUGCUGUAUUUUAUUUCUCUUCAACUGUGUUUAAGAAGGCUGGAGUACCUACAGACACUGCAAAUACAUGUGUUGGGAUUGUAAACUUAACAGGGUCUAUUAUUGCAAUGAUGUUGAUGGAUAGGCUUGGGAGGAAGGUGCUUCUAAUUGGGAGUUUCUUGGGCAUGGCAGUCGCAACAGGUCUUCAAGUAGCAGCUGCGAGUUCAUUUGUACCAAGCUUUGCAGUAUUAUACCUAUCAGUUGGCGGGACCCUACUGUAUGUGUUAGCAUUUUCUUUGGGUGCUGGUCCAGUCCCCAGCCUCCUGCUGUCAGAGAUAUUUCCUGGCCGGAUUAGGGCAAAGGCAAUGGCUUUAUGCAUGGCUGCACAUUGGGUCAUAAAUUUUUUGGUCGGUCUUCUGUUUCUGCCAAUGCUUGAACAUCUUGGACCACAAAUAGUUUAUGCGAUCUUUGCAGGAUUUUGCUUGUUCGCAGUGGCCUUUGUGAAAAAGAAUGUGGUGGAAACGAAAGGGAAAACAUUACAGGAGAUUGAGUUUGCCCUUCUUCCAUCUCAUUAGUUGGUGACUAGAUCACACUCUAUACUAAGUUCAGAUUGGAAAAUGUUAAGGUCCUAGUGAUUGAACAUCCAAAUUCUUUGCUAUAGCUAUUUCUUGAUUUGUACAAUUUCGGAGUGUGUUCAUAGGCAGGAAAGGCGGCAACAACGAACAAUCAAGAUAAAAAUUGUCACUCUGCUUAUUUUUGCUUCUUUUUUGCUCACUCCACUGGUCGGUGACUACUGCCUGAGGGAGCAUGGAACUGCAUCUGCCUCGGCCAGUAGUAGAUCACAUAUAUACUACGGAGUACCUAUUGUUGUUAUCUUUGUAUACCCCUUCUUUUAAUUUUUACCUUGAUCUGAUUUUUGUAAUUAGCAUUGACACAGAAAGGCUACUCUAAACAUUCCUUACAGAAAUAAUGUUACAGAUUUUGAAUUAGCAAGAUACUGGUAGCUUCUCUGCUGUAACAAGAAAUAUUGGUAGUAUUGUAGUAUACAAUUGAUUAAUGUUAGCUGAGAUUUUUCAA